AAAUAUCUGCAAAUACAAUUUUCGUAAGCGCAAGGGUGUUGCUAGGCAGCUUAGGAGUUAGGUAUGAAAAUGGAAUGGACCAUUAUUAAUCCCCAAAAGUAAAACGUGUUCUGAAAUAGAAGCAAAAGAAAAAAAAAAUGGCAGCCUCAAAGACCGGUGGGAGCAGCAAAGAAGGCACGGCCAAAGCUCUAGUGGCCGAUCAGAUCUCUCAGACCGUUCAGUCCACCUCCAAUCUCCUUCACCUCAUGCAACAGUCCUCCGCUUCUCAGGCCCAACUGAUAAAGCUUCCAAAUGACAUUUUGGCAAAAACCUCUGUAAUCAAGAAUACUGGGCAAGUGUUGGAGCAGAUGCCUCAUGUCAUUUCAUCCUUGAUUGCGCAUAUGGAGAAAUUUUUUUGCAGUGUUCCUCGUCUGAAAACAGUAAUCCAGUUACUUGUAAAUAUGGAAAGCUGCCAGCUUAAUUCCAUCUCUCAAGCUCAUCUUUCUCAGGAGAUUUUGGAGUAUCUGCAAAUCCUGAUCGCAUUAUAUGGGAAAAGAUUGGGCAAGUGCAUGACUGGUUGGUUGAGAGCUUCUGCCUCUCAUGAUGAGAUCUAUCGAGCAUACAAUCUAUCAAACGUUAUUGCUAUGCAGAAAUGCUUGGGAUCCCUUUUUUAUGGCAUGCAAACACAAAAAAGACUUUGCGGAGCCAAAAAUGUCAUCCAUCAGUAA